UCUGAACUGAACCACCCCUUUUGCUUCCUUAGCCAAAUCACCAAAAUGUCCAGUUAGAACAAGAACUUAGCAUUCUGCAAAAAGAAGUUAACAGCUGAGGAAACAUUCUGAAAUGGAUCCCAAAUAUUUCAUCUUAAUUUUGUUUUGUGGACACCUCAGUGAUACAUUUCUCUUAACAACAGAAGACAUUACAACAGAGUCUCCUGUAUUUAUAUCAUCAAGGCUCAAUGUCUCAGCUAAUUCUCAAAACACAACAGGGAAUCCUUGGAGUCAACCAACAGAAUUCAGCCAUGUUUCUUCUGCACAACCAAUAUCAACUGCCAAAGUUGCUGCUGGACAAUCAAUACCAGGGGCCUAUGCUCCUUCUGAAAAACCGGCAGCGCACACUUCUGCCGGGCAACCACCUGCCUCUAACAUCACCAGACAACCAAUACCAACGGCCAACGCCUCCUCCCGACAAACAGUACUCCCUGUGCUUACCUCUGCCGGACAACUACCGCCAUCUGCCCAUACUUCUACCAAACAACUGCCGCCAUUUCUCUACACUUCCACUCAACAACCAUCAUCUAUCCACUCUUCUUCUGGAAAACCAAUACUACCAACUGUUCAUAAUCCAUCUAUACCACCAACCCCAAGUGUCAAAAGUUCACAGAGGGUGACUCCAGGAUUCAACCUAGAAACUACCAGUAACACAAAUAUCCCACGUGAAACCAAUUCUAAUUUGAUAGCUGCCACAUUAGUGGGUGUAAUUCUGACGUCUAUGUUUGUAGCUAUAAUCAUGAUUGUGCUAUGGAAAUGCUUGAGAAAACCAGUUUCACAUGAUCAGAAUUGGGCAGGUAGGUCUCCAUUUGCCGAUGGUGAAACCCCCGACAUCUGUUUGGAUAACUUUAGAGAAAAUGAAGUACCCGUGAAAAGGACAUCAAUUGUUUCACUUAUGCCCUGGAAACCAAGCAAAAACACACUCUUGGCAGAUGACUUAGAAAUUAAGUUGUUUGAAUCAAGUGAACACAUUGGAGAUUCCAACAACCCCAAAGCAGAGAAAAUAAAAGAUCAGGUAAAUGGUACAUCAGAGGAGAGUGCUGGGGGAUCAACGAUCGGCACUGCUGUUUCUUCUUCAGAUGAUGCAGAUUAUCCACCACCUUCCCCACUUCUUGAUUUGGAAGGACAGGAGAGUAACCAAUCCAACAAACCCACAAUGACAAUUAUAUCUCCUCUUCCAAAUGAGUCCACCAAUCUCCCACCAUCUCUGGACUGUCUCAAUCAAGUCUGUGAAGGUUACAAUUCUGAGUUUGAACAAUCAUUUCCACCUCCUCCCGACUCAUUUCACUUGCCCCCGGCACCAGAAGAUUUCAUGAAAAACCAGGAAGAUUCCAACAAUGAGAUCCAGGGUCAGGAAUUCUCUAUUCCUCCCGACUCUGGUCAAGACCACAGUGAAUCCUUGCCACCCCCACCUGAAGAACUGUUAUAAAUACUGUAAUUUGCUUUUUAGCUGAUUUUCCAUCCUUCCUACAGAACUCCAUCUUUUUUUUCUCUUCAUGUGAUGAAAUAUAUUAAAAGGCACCUGGUAGCCAAUUUUGAUUUUUAUUCAGGAACUACCUGAAAUCUGCUAAAGCCCAUGUGCAUGGCUGGAACUUAUUUUUAAAAAAUGACAUAACAGUGAUCUAUUUACUAGCUAUUGUACCUAAAUUUAAUGCAGAGAACAUUUUACCUAUGUGGAUGGUAUGUAUGUCAGUAACUUAGCCACUUUGGAAAUAAGCACUCUACAUAUAGUUAAUAUCAUCUAAUGGAUAUAUCUUUUUUUUCCUGAAUAGCUGUGUGUAAAGUUACAUUGAAUAAAUAACACUUUGUUUUUCCAUUUCAAAGAUUGAGAUGGGGAGGGAAGGGAUGAGAAAUUAAAUACAUACUCCAAGUUUUAAACAAAACUCCAAAUUUUAUUUAAAGUUUUUAAUUAAAAAAUUUUUUUAAAUGUUAUUUCUUUCUGAGAGACAGAACGUGAGCAGGAAAGGGGCAGACAGAGAGAGGGAGACAUGGAAUUGGAAGCAGGUUGUCACAGCACAGAGCCUGACGUGGGGCUUGAACUCACAAGCUGUGAGAUCAUGGCCUGAGGUGAAAUUGAGAGUCGGAUGCUUAACUGACUGAGCCACCCAGGCGCCCCUUUAAGAUUGAUUUUAAGUAUCUCCACACACAAUGUGGGGCUCAAACCUAUAACCCCAAGAUUAAGAAUCGCAUGCUCUGCUGACUGAGCCAGCAGGGUGCUCUAAAACUCCAAAUUUUAAAUUAACACCUCAAGUAUUAAAUACAUAUUCCAAGUUUGUGGGGAUGAGAAACUAAAAUGCAUGUUUGAGAAUACAAAAAUUUCCUUUUAGCUCUCACUGGAAACAGUAAAGCAAGUAUGUUAAAACACCAAAUUGUGGGGGUGGGGGUUGGACUGGGGAUGUUUACUCUGAAAAAAAUAUAAGCAUGCACCAUAAACUGUAGACAUUGGGGGAGCACAAUUUUUUAAACUAACAUCCUUUUUUAAAAUUUUAUUUGUUUUGAGUUUAUUUAUUUUGAGAAAGAGAGAAUUCGAGCAGGGUAGGGCAGAGACAGCAGCAGGGAGACAGAAUCCCAAGGAGGCUCCACACUGUCAGCACAGAGCCUGAUGCAGGGCUUGAACUCACAAACUGUGAGAUCAUAACCUGAGUAGAAAUCAAGAGCUGGACACUUAACCGACUGAGCCACCCAGGCGCCCCUAAAACUAAGCAUCUGUAAAAAUUUCUUCGUUCUAUGGCUCUAGCACCCAAACAAAAUGAAAUCUUAUAAAGGAAAACAAAAAAUAAAACCACACACACAAAACCACACUUCUAUGGCUCCAUUCCAAAUUUGAAUGAUUUUU